AUGGUGUCAGUGUUAGUCGACUCCCGUCUGCUUGUUGACCAAUGCGAUGAAUUAAAUCGUCUUGUUCUAUCAAUAAAGCAAAAUAUCGAUGGUGCUCUUGGUCAGUAUACAAAUGAAAUUUCAGAAUGGUUAGAAUUAAAGAAAGAUUUAUUAGCGUCAACAAGUAUCAAAGAUUUGGUUAGCUUAAACGUGGGUGGUAAAAUAUUUCGGACAAGUAUUGAAACAUUAAAAAAAGAAAAAGAUACGUUUUUUACUGAUCUACUUUCACGUGAGUGGCAAUUGGAGACAGAUAAUCAUGGUCGUAUAUGUAUUGAUCGUAAUGGUGAGCUAUUUGCUGAACUACUUGAUUAUUUGCGUACAGGACAUGUUAUUGUCCCAGAUGAACGUCUUUGCCGACGUUUGCUUCAUGAAGCACAGUUUUAUCAUUUCAACACGUUGUCUAAAUUACUAAGUCAAAUCGUUUGUAAAGCGGAACAUUUCUUCGUUGGUUCAACGCUGUUGUCUGAUAGUCAAAAAGAGAAACUUAAUGAAUUCUACGGUAUAAAUGAUCAAUAUUGGAAACUCAUCUAUAAGGGAUCAAAAGACGGUUUUGAUGUAUCAGUAUUUCAUGGUUGCUGUGACAAUAAAGGUCCCACAAUGACUGUGAUCCAGUCAAUCGAUGGUUAUCUUUUCGGUGGAUUUACAAGUGUAUCAUGGGCAUCGGCUCUCGGUUCACAUAAAAAUGAUUCAAAAGCGUUUUUGUUUUCACUCACAAGCCCAAAAUCUAUAGGAGAAACAAAAUUUGUUUGUAAAGAUCCACUAGGUACAAAUGCGAUAUUUCAUUCAUUUUCUUGUGGUCCAACAUUUGGUACCGGUCAUGACUUGAUCAUUUCAAAUAAUAGCAAUACGAAUAGAGAUAACUACUGUAAUUUUCCUCACACUUAUCUUGAUCAUCUUGGCCAUGGUACUACGACAUUUACCGGCUUAAAACAUUUUCAAACGUUAGAGAUCGAAGUUUUUAAGUUAGCGUGA